CGAGGUAUCCAAAUAAAUAUCAUCUUUGGCUUUCUAAAGCUAAUAUUUACUUUAUCUAUAAUUACUUGGAUCAACACAUUAAAAACCUGAUGAACAUAAUAUUGUCUAUAAUACUACAACUUUUCAUAAGCUUGCCUUUUUUUUUCCCCCUCUCUAUCAUAAAAAUCUACCUUCACAACCAGGAAAAAGAUUUCCCUCACACACCUGUGCAUUCAAUUAUUGUGUCAUGGCAACACCUUUUUUUUUUUUUCAGUAACAUUUUCUUUUUAUAGAUAAUCCGACCCGAGCAAUUAUCUGAUGUGUAUCCAUCUAUUCGGAGUUUAACUGUCAAAUAAAACUUAAUGAAGAAAAAAAAAAUUUUUAAUUUUUAUUUUUUAUUAUAUGUGUAUUUGAUGUUGGAAUCACCAGCCCUCUACUAUCCUAGUGGGGAAAAGGACGAGAUAAUAAAAUAGGCAUUAAGACAUUCUCAUGAAAUUCUUUCUUAACUUGAUUUGACACUCAAAACCAAUUCAAAUAAGAUAAUUAGCGAGUAACACUGACAAGUUGUAAGGGGGUGCUCGCCGCACAGAGAGCAC